AAUACAUCCAUAUAAAUACGAUCAGACGCUUACAAACAAGUCCAAAGCACCAACACACAUUUAUUUGGACAAAUAGCCCUUUCCUUGAACGAUUUUUUUACAAAUUCGUAAACGAUGAUAGGGCUAGAGGAUGUUUAUAAAGUGGUCGCAGCCACAGUGCCCCUCUAUGUUGCUUUACUUCUGGGCUAUGGUUCGGUGAGGUGGUGGCAUAUUUUUACACACGAACAAUCCAAUGCUAUUAACCGAUUCGUAUGCUUCUUCACCCUUCCCCUCUUCACUUUUGAGUUCACAGCCAACAUCGACCCUUUCAACAUGAACUAUCGUUUCAUAGGUGCUGACGCUAUCUCCAAAGUUAUCAUUGUGAUUGUUCUUGCAUUUUGGGCGAGGUUUAGUGGCAAAGGAAGCUACUCUUGGUCCAUAACAAGUUUCUCUCUAUGUACUUUGACAAACUCUCUUGUUGUAGGAGUACCAUUGGUUAGGGCUAUGUAUGGUCAAGAAUUUGUUAACCUUGUUGUACAGGGAUCGGUUGUCCAAGCGAUCAUUUGGCUCACUGCUCUCUUGUUUGUGUUAGAAUGGAGAAGAUCAGCGACAACCGAGUGUUCUGUCAAUGCAACUAAUGAAUCCAAGGAUUUGGAAGGAAACCCAAAAUUGGAUGUUCGUAAAGAUGAAGUUACUAGAGCAUCAUCGUAUGUGUCGUUAUUGAAAGUCGUCUCUUUGAAACUAGCUAUGAACCCUAAUUCAUAUUCUUGUGUCAUCGGCAUCAUUUGGGCAACCAUAUCGAACAGGUUUAACUGGCCAAUGCCAAUCAUGAUUGAAGGUUCGGUAUUGAUCAUGUCUAGGGCUGGAACAGGAACUGCAAUGUUUAGCAUGGGUUUGUUCAUGGCACAGCAGGAGAAACUAGUUGCAUGUGGAACGACGAUGACGGUGAUUGCUAUUGUUCUCAAGUUUUUCGCCGGACCCGCCGCUAUGGCUAUCUGUUGCAUCGCCGUCGGUCUGCAUGGGGAUGUUUUACGUGUUGCUAUCAUUCAGGCUGCCUUACCUCAAUCCAUCACCUCAUUCAUAUACGCAAAAGAAUAUGGAUUGCAUGCGGAAGUACUUAGUACUGCGGUUGUCUUUGGUAUGAUUGUGACUCUCCCAAUUUUGGUUGGCUUCUAUGCUGCCUUGGAAUUUCUACAUUGAUUCCUUCAUUUACAGCUUAUGAUCUAUAUGUAUCUAAUUAAAAUAUGAAGAUUUUAAUUAAGUUAUUAUUACUAGAAGUUUUUACAUGCCUAAGAUAUCUAUAAAAAAAAUUCAGAAAGAUGAAACUCAAUUUUAAGGAAAAAACACUUCGGUCA